CGAUUUCUUCCCAAGCUCAUAUCUGUGCUUGUCUACUGUUGAGUCUGACGUCUUGUCGGAAAAUCCCACUUGGAAAUUUCAUUGCAUUAGCAAUUGCACUCCGGUCCAGAAGUUCCAUUUCCUCGUUCGACAAACGUCCUCUGUGGAAAUAUGGUGAAACGCAAUGCCGCCCAAGAGGCCGAAGUUCUCCAAUGGAUCGAAUCUGUUUUGGGAACCAAACUGCCUGACAAGCCCUACGAAGACGUCUUGAAGGACGGCGUGGUUUUGUGCCAUUUGAUCAACAAAAUCGCUCCCGGUAGUGUCAAGAAGAUUCAAGAAAGGGGCACCAAUUUCCAACUCAUGGAAAACAUACAAAGGUUCCAGGCUGCCCUAAAGAAAUAUGGUGUUCCCGAAGAGGAGAUCUUUCAAACGGCCGAUCUCUUCGAACGUCGAAAUCUGUCUCAAGUUACGUUGGGCAUAUUGGCCUUGGCUCGUGUGACGCAACUUCACCCAGAGUACACUGGUCCCCAAUUUGGUCCCAAGAUGUCUGCGGAGAAUAAGCGGAAUUUCACCGAGGAAGACGUUCGAAGGCUGCGGGACGCGGAUAUCGGAUUGCAGGCAGGUUCCAAUAAGGGUGCUACGCAGACCGGCCAAAAUAUGGGACAGAGUCGACACAUGUAGAAACUCAAGGCGAGGAAGCAAGCACGCAAGGCUGCUAGCUUUUCUCUCCAUUUCUGUUUCUCGUUCUGUCCUCUGUGUCAAAGGCCGUCAAAAUUCGGAUCCAGCCUAGAGUUAGUAAUUUGAUCAUGAACUUCUCGAGUGUGUUGCAAACGUGUUCUUUCUUCUGUUUGAAUUCGAAUAAAGCUGUUUUAAAGUCA